UCACAAGCGUCUUCCACCAUUCAUUCGACCGUCCAACACACCGGCUGCACCGGCCCUCCUGCUGUCUGCCCGCCGCCGCCCUUCCGUUCGGCUUACUCGCCAAUCUUGCCCUGGGCCUGCUCCACCGCUCUCCCUGGGUGUUGUCGGCAGUGCCCUUUUUGGCGAAAAAGGCUACCCCAGCUUCAAGCAACCCGCUCACACUCGUCCGCUAAACGACGAGCCCCAGCUGUGGCCGGCAACAGGCUCUGUUUCUCGUUUAGUUUACCGCCAGCCUUUUACUCCUCAUCUCGUUGGCCAGUCUCCGCAGCUCUCUGCUCGACAAACAAAUUCUUCGGUGCUCCUACUGGCAACGCCUUUCUUUUUCGUCUUCUUCUGGUCUCUUAUUGUUUUACCUCGCCUGUCUCCUAUGCGCAUGUGCGACAACUCACCUAGGUUGACGUAAGACGGAACAUUCUCUUAGUGCACGCAUCCCGCGCCAAACUGCACUACCAGACACAUCGGAAAGCAGACCAAUUCGCCCACCUACGCACCCUCAACUCCCCACGCUGCUGUUGGUUGGUUAUUAUUAUGCACCCUGGCGAGACAGCACCCUUGGCAAGCGAAUAAAGACGUUUCUUUAGCCCACGUAUUCAGCACACACUUUUUUCGGCAACAGAACCAGCUUGUGAGCUGCUGCAUCCUGCUGGCCCUGUGUCAUUUCCCCAAGAUCUGUCAAAUCACCGGCGCUUGCGGUGUACUCUUUUAUAUAUAACUAUAAUCAUAGCGCUCGCUGGAUAGAGCCAUGCCGCAACCAGGCGCGGCCCUCGAGCGGGACCCUUACGAGGACCUCGCCAACUAUGUCAUUCCUCCGCUGCGUACCGAAACGCCAACCUUCGAUCCUCUUCUUCAUGAUGCUUUCCGCGAGCAAAUCGCCGAAACUGACAGACGGCGUCGUGCAAAUCACAGCAGAAUAAGCGGUAUGCGACUUCCUGGCCCAACCCCGGGCUUCGCUCCCUCGCCAAUCCCGACACAAGGUGCCGAUAUAUCCCGACAAGACACAACGCAGACAUCACUGUCAUAUACAUCAAAUAUUGACCAUCUCGGCCGCCUAGAUCGCUCUCUGGAUGAGGCAAACUCUCAUCUGCGUGCCCUCCUAGACAUGACUGCUCACUCUGCUCUUGCUUCAGCAUCGGCAUUCGCAUCAUUUGACAGCUCACUGUCAUCCUCACGGUCCCGUAAUAUACAAGAUGACCACCAACGACAAGGCAAGCGACGCAAGGUCGACUCAAAAAACGACAGCGGGCCAUCCUCCAUCUCCAACCAACGCCGAUAUAGCCAUUACGGUCAAGUUGACCCUUGCAAUCUCGACCUCGAAAUCGCCAGCUGCGACGGCGGCAUGUUCUCCAACGAAAUGUCUUAUGUAGCAGAUAACAUCCUCCGCGACGACAACACCGUUUACUGCACCAAGGGCAACCGCUGCAACAUUGUCCUCCGCCACCGCGACUCUACCAUAUUCACACUCACCGAGCUCACAAUCAAAGCACCAGCGUCCAUGAACUACUCUCAUCCCGUCCGAGAAGGCAUGGUCUUUCUCUCCAUGGAGGACGAUGACAUAUUCACCCGCACAGCGCGCUUCCAAAUCCCACAUUCGCCACCGCCAGUUCUGCCCCUCCCUCACUCCGUUCGUGCCGUUCAUACACCUCGCCCAGAAUGGUCCAUUUCCGUCCGCCAUCACACAGACGGUUCCACGACAACGCGAGCCAGAACAUCCUUGGGACGCAGCGGCUCCAACGAGCGUGAUUUUGCCAUGCCUAAUCUCCCCAGCGAGUUUACAGAUAACGUGCCGGAUCUCAACGUCACAACGGAGUCGUCGGGCCACCAGGAACCAAACCCGUACUACGUUUCCAUGGCAAGCUUCAACAAUGUUGCCGCUGCCAGCCGACGGUGGAAUUCGGGCGACCAGCCGCCGCACAUCGGAUCGCUUCCCUUUGAGCAGUCUUCUCGCUGGUCCGCGCAGCACCAUCCCAUCUGGUCAGAUUCUGAAGAGGAAGGCGACGACGAGGACGACCAUCACGCUACUGGCGCAAACGCCCUGCCACUGCCCUACUCUCAGCAUGCUGCCUCACCAACAACCCGUGCUGCUAUCCUGUCCACCAUAGCUCAUGCCACAGCUGCGGGAGCUCCGCCUGCGAAUCCUCCUCUGAUGGUUCCGCAUGCCAAGUUCUUCAUUCAGCACUACAAGUCGCAGUGCAAGAUUACAUUUGACCCACCCAUAUCAAGUCGCUUUAUUCUUCUCAAGAUGUGGUCCUCACGCCACGAAGAAGAAGGAAGCAAUGUGGAUAUUCAGUCGGUCAUCGCCAAGGGAUUCGUUGGACCUCGAUACUUUCCUUCGACAGAACUCGCCUAAUGUAGGAUGUGUACUGCGUACAUUUCUUAUUGUACUUUUUUGGAUAUAGCUUUCUUCCUUUAGCGUCAUGCUUUGUAUCCAGCCGGCGUUUAGCAUUUUGGGCACACAGCACACAGUGCAAGUCUAUUAGGAGCAAACACUUCAAGUCAUAAUAUACCAUUCAGUAAUAAUAUUGCUAAGAAUACCGUCCAGACUCGUGUCCUUUUGUUCGCCCUUUUACAACAUAUGCCAUCCCACACCUCCCAACUCUUGUCAAACCCAGUGUAUAUCCAGUGUAUCAUGCCUACACUUUGCCGACUUCGUGAGUCAGACGCUUUGAGUGGGCAGGGGCCAAAGCAGAAGCCAGACCAGCAAUCAAAACUCCAAGGCCA